AUGUUCAAAAUAUUUACCACGUUCCUCGUUUGUCUCUCCUUCCUCUCAGAGGAGGUGGUGUUCUCCUCCUCUCUCCUCAUCCGCCAGACUCCUCAACACCUCCUGAGGAGGACAACUGAACACAGAGAGGCACACCUGGACUGUCACCACGGCGACAACGACUACCCGUACAUGCUGUGGUACCAACAGAAGGACAAGGGAGGACAGAAGACCAUGGAACUCAUUGGAACUCUACACUAUACAAACCCAACUCUUGAGAAGAACUAUGAAACACGGUUCAACUUAACAGGUCAUUCCAAGGCCAAAGCCAGUGCCGUGUAUUACUGUGCAGCCAGUCAGCACAGUGCUUUGGUCCAUUACUGCUCAGUAUGUCCACACUGUGACAACUAUAAUCCUGCAUUGUUUGGAGCAGGAACCAAACUGACUGUUCUGGAGCCAGACAUCCCUGUCACUCCACCCAAAGUCAAAGUCCUUCCACCCUCCACUAAGGAGUGUGAAGAUAGAAACAAGAAGAAGAAGAAGACGUUGGUGUGUGUGGCCACCGACUUCUACCCCGACCACGUCACUGUGUUCUGGAAGUUAAAUGGAGGCGCCAACAUCACCGAUGGAGUGGGGACCGACAACACUGCCUUGAGGGAUGAAAACAGACGCUACAGUAUCACCAGCAGACUGAGAGUCCCAGCCAAGACAUGGAACACGGCCUCUAACAGAUUCACCUGCGCCGUCCGCUUCUUCAAUGGGACCGAUAAUAUAUAUGUUGCAGAUCACAUUAACGGAGAAGGAGGUGGUGAUGGAGGGAUGACGACCGAGUACUACGUGAAGAGCACCCAGACUGCCAAGCUGGCCUACAGCAUCUUCAUCGCUAAGAGUACCUUCUACGGCCUGGUCGUCGUGGCUCUGAUUUGGAAGUUUCAGCGCUCCUCAGAUAAACAGAUGUAAUUGAUCCCUGACCGAGACCAGGCCAACCGUGGAAGCUGAACUCGGUGGACUGGAGGGAGACAUGUGUGGCAUAAGGCUCUGGUGA